AUGCUGCAAAAGUUUAUCUUUAUUUCCAUACUUUCCCCUUUCAUUUUCACUACUCAUUCAUAUAAUAACAAAUUUCUUCACCAUCAGAAAAGUUUGUUGCUUCAACUCAAGAAUGAGUUAAUCUUCAAUUCUUCCAUAUCAACAAAAUUGGUUCAUUGGCCUCAAAGUGAUGAGUGGUAUGGUGUUGAAUGCGAUGCAUCAGGCAACGUUGUGAGCCUGCAGCUCGACCAUGAGGCCAUCUCCGGUGGAAUUGGGGACUCGUCGAGUCUGUUCAAACUUAUCCACCUGCAGAAGCUAAAUCUUGCCUACAAUAAGUUCAACUUGUCUCCUAUUCCAAAACGUAUUCACAAUUUGACCUAUUUGACACACUUGAAUUUGUCAUUUGCUGGUUUUGGUGGACAGGUUCCCAAGGAGCUUUCCUUCUUGAGGAGACUGGUUAGUCUCGACAUAUCCAACGACGACAAAACCCUAAAGCUCGAGAAUCCAAAUUUGGAGAUGGUUGUACGAAACCUAACCGGGCUUAGGGAGCUCUAUCUUGAUGGUCUCAAUGUGACUUCCUCUCAUGAGAGGAAAAAAUGGAGCCACAUUAUAUCAUCACAUUUACCCGACCUCACCGGGUUGAGCUUGCGCGAUUGUGGCUUGUCUGGCCAUUUGGUUAAGUCCUUUUCACAACUCCAUUCCCUUUCUAUUCUCCGGCUAGAUGGCAAUGAUCUAUCAACGGUGGUUCUUGACUCGUUCGCCAAUUUCUCGAGUUUGACCACCUUGACUCUUGCUUAUUCCAAUUUGAAGGGCUCCUUUCCUAGUAUGAUCUUCCACAUACCUACUUUGGAAAUUCUUGAUUUAUCUUUUAAUGCACUACUUAGUGGAAGCAUUCCUCCGUUUACUCGGAACGGAUCGCUUAACACUAUAGUGUUGAGGUUCACCAACUUCCUCGGGUCGAUUCCAAGUUCAAUUAGCAAUCUCAAAACUUUGUCUUACAUAGACCUAGUUAAGUGUCGAUUCUCGGGAUCAAUACCAUCCACCUUUACUAACCUUACCGAACUAAGGCAUGUCGACUUGUCGUAUAACUUCCUCUCAGGAUCACUCUCUUCUACAUUGUUCCAUAGUCUCUCCAAACUUGUUGCUUUAGAUUUGAGUUGCAAUCAACUUGAAGGGCCUAUUCCUGACUCUCUCUUCCACCUUCAGAGUCUCGAAUUCCUAUUGCUUUCUGAAAACUUGUUCAAUGGCACUUUUCAACUAGACAAGAUUCAAAAUCUUGUCAAUCUUACAGAGCUUGAUCUAUCUGGCAAUAAAAAUGUUUUAGUAGAAGUUGGAAAUAGCAAUCCAAGUUCAUGUGCUCUUACAUUGCUAGAAGUGCUAAGACUAUCUUCAUGUAACAUGAAUGAAUUUCCAGGUUUCAUAAAACAUUGUGAUUUGGUAGAGUUAGACCUUUCAAACAAUUGGAUUGAUGGACAGAUACCUGGUUGGAUUUGGGGAAGGCGACUUCAACGUCUGGACCUCUCCUCGAAUCGUCUGACUAGUCUGCAGAAGCCUUACCAUAUUCCUACUUCUCUUCAAUUCAUGUACUUGCACUCGAACGAGCUUGGGGGCGAGUUGCACCUUCCGAUUCCUUCCAACGUUGGAAACCGGACAUCUGAACUCUCAGUGUUAUCUCUGGCUAGUAACAGUUUCAGUGGCUCAAUUCCAAUAUCCCUCUGCAAUGCCAUGUAUCUCCGUAUUCUUGACUUGUCCGUUAAUAAAUUGAGUGGUGGUAUACCCUCUUGCCUACUUGAAAACACCAUGAUUCUUCGUGUUAUCAGUCUAGGGAAGAACAACAUCAGUGGUCACAUCCCGGAUCGUUUCUCCAGCCAUUGCUCCCUAGAAUAUCUGGAUCUUAAUGGCAACGUUUUGGAAGGGAAAAUCCCAAAGUCACUCAAAAGUUGCAAGUCGUUGGUGGUCUUGAAUGUCGGGAACAACAAGAUCAACGACGUCUUCCCAUGCAUGCUGUCAUCCAGCCUGCGUGUUCUUGUUUUACAUUUCAACCGAUUCCAUGGAGAAGUAAGGUGUCACAACAGUUGGCCGUGUCUUCAAGUUAUAGAUAUAUCUUCGAAUCAUUUCAAUGGAAGUCUGGAGUCAAUAAACUUCACUAGCUGGGGGGCGAUGUUGCUAGACAACGAUACACACUUGCAAGGCUAUUACUAUUUACAGGGAUUUGGCGCAACGAGUGGGGUGAAAUUAAUGUUGAAAGGGGUUGAGGAGCAGUUUGUUAAGAUUUGGUACGAAUUUAAUGUCAUCGAUUUCUCUUGCAAUAGUUUCCACGGCGGGAUACCAAAUGCAAUCGGUGAUCUUAACUCGCUUCAUGUCCUCAACUUCUCCCACAACGCGUUGAAUGGUGGAAUCCCGAAGCUAUUUGGCAAGAUGAGCAAGCUCGAAUCACUCGACCUCUCCAUGAAUCUAUUGUCGGGAUCAAUUCCUCGCGAGUUUGCAGAGCUCACAUUCCUUUCAUUCUUGAAUCUGUCAUACAAUAAACUCAAUGGAGAGAUUCCAAACGGUCGACAGUUACAAACAUUUUCCGUUGAUUCCUUCAAAGGAAACUCAGGGCUAUGCGGUUUUCCUCUCAACGUAACAUGCACCGGUACUAGUACCAAUGAUAGCGACCAAUCACCAUCGGAAGAUGAGGAGAUUGAGUGGGAAUAUGUAUUCGCGGCACUUGGAUAUGUUGUGGCCUUAGGAAGCAUUGGUUGGCUACUUCUAUUCUGUCGAAGCUUCAGAGAGAAAUACUUCGACAUUAUAGAUGAGUUUGUUGAAGAUAUAUUGAAUUACGGAUGCAAGAGAAGACGAACUAGAAGAGCAUCCAUGAGUAGAGUCUACACACAAUAG